AUGGAGCCGGGCGUGCGGGAGCGGCUGCUGGCGGCGCGGGCCCGCCGAGAUGUUAAUGCUUUGAUAAACGCUUACGAGUUGAUCAAAUCAGCCAGUCAAGGAGAGUCUGUCCUUACCCCAUCAGAUAGCUUCAGUGCUGACGUGUUUGUCUUGUGUGCUGAACAAGCGCUGCAGCUGGGAUGUCGAGAAAUAAGCAGUGACUGUCUGCAGAUGUACUUUAAAGAAAGAUUUCCUGUGAACCAGUUUCUUGGCAGAGCCUAUUUGUGCCAAGGCCAGUUGCACACUCCACUCUCAACGGAUAAUUUGGAAGAGUUUGAAAAAUUUGUGCUGUUCUUUAUCAAGGCAAUAGAUUUUGCCCUACAUGAUCAAAGAUACUAUUUUUUGGUGUAUAAUGCCUCAGUGCUCUAUUGGCAGCUGGUGAGGCCGUUCCUGAGGCCUGGGUUCCGCCACUGCCUCAUUCCCAGCCUUUCUCGCCUUGUUCAAGCACUAAACCAGGCUGAAGAGCCAGACACUGAAUGGAGAGCAGAGCUCAUGAUAAAUUUACUUGAGUGCUUCCUCGACGCUUCAAAACUGAAAGAAGCAAAAGAGUUUUCAUCUACUGCAGCAGUCUUUAUUAAGGAAAAUGUUCCAGAUAAAUACUCUCAAAUAUUUUCUCUAAUGGUGUAUCACAAACUAAUGGAUAUUUCCCAGGUAGAGGAGGAAAUACAAAGUUCCAUCCAUUUUUCAGUUAUUUAUAAAAUGCAGAUGUUAAAAUUGCAGUGGGAUACCAAUGACUUUCCAAGUGAUGCCACCACAACUCUGAAUUCUAUCUAUGUACUUCUGAAACAAUAUGAGGUGCCUCCAGCCUCUGUUCUCAGUGUGAAGAUUCCUCUGAUUCUGGAAUUAGCUCGUUUUUCUCUGAAAGUGAACUGCAUUAAGCUUGCAUAUGAUUGUAUACUUGAUUUGAAGAGAGCUGGGAUUACUGAACAAGGGAAGCUUAUUGAAAUAGAAUGCCUGGAAUAUGAAUAUGAAAUUAAAAAAAUGGGCACUAAAAUUGCAACUUAUACCGAAGGAAUUGUUGAGGCUCAGCUGGAAUUGAUAACAAAUCUAGAGUUAACCUUAAAACGUGCAGUUCAGCUGGGAGAUCCAGCUGUGGUUCAGGUUGUUUGUGCCACCCAGUGGGGUCUGUGUUUGCCGCUGCUGCAGCGCGAGCUGCGCCGGCGCCUGCGGACGCCGCUGGUGGCAGUCGCUGAUGUCCUUGAGGAGAUUGACAGCUCACUGAUUUUGUUGCGUUGUCAAGUCCAUAUGGAAAUAGCUCGUAUUGAAGAGGAUGAGGACAGACUAGAGGCUGCUGUGGCACAUGUGCAAAAAGCUGUCCAUCUGGACACCAGUGGGCAGUACCAGGAGCAUCUGAGGUUGAGUUUAAACCGUCUUGGCUUGUGCACUGGGCUGUGUAAGUCACCUGGGCGUCCAGAGGAUCAGGCAAUCAUGAUGAUUGAACAGGCUAAAAGGGGAAAGCAGAAGGAUAAUGAGAGGAAAAAGAGAUCUCUUCUGGUAAAUGCAGGUCUUGCACUGGCUCCUGAUUCAUUUCAGAUAGUCCUUGACAGUGAAAAUGAAGCUAAAGUUUCCUCAGGUAAAAGUAGGAGUCAGACAAGCUACCUCUGUGCAAAAGCACAACAUCAUAUUAAAAACGUGAAGAAAGUUGAUGAACAUUUGAAAAAAUUAAGGAAUGAAAAUGACAGAGAGAGAAUUGUACUUUGGGCAGAUUUGGCAAAAGUUGCACGUAAGCAAGAAGUAUGGGACGUGUGCCGUGCUGCCUGCAGGUUUUGUCUCUUGUAUGAUGAUACUUUGUUUAGGAAAGUAACACAACCUGAAAACACACAGGAGAAAGCUAGGACAGCCAUAAUGGGUGAUGAUCAAGGUGACACCUUAUCAGAAGAAUUACUACCUGCUAAAUCCUUCUCUUUUGAAAGAGAUUUACUCAGAAUAUUAGCAGAAAUAAGAUUCAUUAAUGCAGAGGCAACUGUCAAUUUAAUAAGAUUGCAGGGAGUUGAACUGAACGAUCACGCGGUGCCUCCAGAAGACACAAGCCAGUGUCCAGGAGGUGUUUCAUAUAUUCCUGAAAGUGAUCCAGAGUGGAAAACAUACAGUUCAUGGAUAGACUACUUAUCCCAGUAUGCUAUGGAAAACUUCCAACGUGCAGCUGAAAUAGGAGAAGAGUUGAAAGAAGCCUGGAUUGUGCACAAUGCUGUGGUGUAUGUCCUGAACUACAACAGACAUCUUAUCUCUGCAGGAAGACAGAGGAAAAUUAUUGAGUAUCUGCAGACUCUUCUUAGAGCCAUCAAGACUGUUGGGCACAAUGGAAAUACUGCAAUUUUAUUGAUGUUAUGUAAUGCUUUGGCUCGGGGGUUAAUUCUUUGUUGGAUUCCAAAGCCAAAACUUUCUGAGCAGGAAGUAAAAGCUGCAGCAACAGAUGGAAGCAGAAAAGCUGCAGCAAAGAAACCUGAAAAAGCAAAUGUCGUGCAGCCUUUUUCAGUAGAUCCCAGUGGACUACCUGACAUCAAAGCUGCCUUAGAGAUUUGUGAAUUUGCCCUAAAUGUGGCACCUGAUGAAGCAGUACCUGUUGCUGCACAGCAACAGAUCAUUGCUACUUGGGUGAAAGCAAAACAGUUGCAUCAGCAGCAGAUUGGACAUGAGCUUUGGAUGGAGGAGAAGAAUAAUGAUGAAGCACAAAAUACUAUGGAAAGAAUCCUUGUAGGUCUGGAAAUGUAUUCCUGUAAUGGCUUGGGUCUCAUGGACUUCACUGUUCCUAGCUUAUCUGAGUUAGUGCAACUGGCUUUGGAAUGCAGUUGGUCAGAUUCCUUAGUGGAGGUGCAGGCACUGGCACGACUUGCAUAUUUUGCAUACAUAUCCCAUGACUAUGAGGCAGUGAUGACUUGUGCCAGAAGGGUCUUGCAAUCAGACAAGGGGUUUUGCCACAGUAGAGAUAUUAAGGAAUAUGACACGCCUGGUAACAGAUUGAGACAAGAACUGUUAAGCACUGCUGCCUGUAUGCAAGGGAAGAGCAUCAUGGAAAACUGGAAUGGAAGAAAACAUUUGCGUGUAGCUGCAUCAAAAGCCUUUGUUCAGAGUGCCAGGUAUGCAGGUGAAGCCAGAAAUUACUCCCUGGUGAUGUUUGCAGCUAGACACUUUUGGAAUACCUGUUUACCUUUGUUAGGAUCUCCACGUGACAGAGAGCAGUUUAAAGAACCUACUGAAAUAAUUCUGAGGAAUAUAAUUAAAGCAGAAUCUGAAAAGAAACAGGAGAAGAAAGAGAUGUUGCCCUUGCAUCAGUGGGCUACAAAGGAUUUUCAAAGUACUGGGAUACCAGCUGGAUGCUUUCUUGCAGGUGCUGAGGAAGAUCUGACAUUAAGAACCUCCUUAUAUGGGUUAUUAUUCCACAUAUAUGCUGAUAAAAGUGAUUGGAAGGCAGCACUAAAAGUCCUGGAUGAAGCUAUUCAAGUUUUGCCUCAGACAAGACACAGGCUCCUGAUUUUCAAACACAUGGCUACAACAAAGGCAAGAUUAGGACGCAGUUUUAGGAUGGACAUUCAGAAAUUUGAAGAUGAAAGUGAAGAUUAUUUGUCACGAAUAUGGCGUCAUUUGGUAGCAGUCUCCAGAAGUAUUGUUGGACAGUUGAGCUGUUUUCAAAAUGCAAUCACAGCUUUACAGAAACAAGAAAAUGAAUGGCAGAAAGUUGAUUAUCUGAUGGAGUUUGCUGAGUGGUUAUAUUGUAACCAGUUUCCCCUCAAGGAUGUUCUUGAACCGCUGAACUGGGUGGUAGAUCUCUUGCUGCACAUGAAGUCUUCUAUGCAAUCUUCACGAGAAGAAGAAAAUUUGACAGUAGACAGUGGAGCAAAGGAUACCUUGGCCCAAAUUAAUUUGGAAGAUUUGAAUAAUAUUAAACAACUGGAAGCUUUAUUUAGAGCACAGACUUUAAUGGCUGUAAUUUCUGGUCAUAGUUCUCCUUUGCAUCAGCAGCACUGUUUGAUGGCACAUGCUUGUGUCCUCCGGAUCUGGCAGGUAUCAUUGUCAGCAUCAGGACGGAUUGCAAAAGAAUUAUCAAAGUCUUCACAACUUACAGCUCCUCAGAAAUCAGGGUCAAAAAGUGUUCCUAAAAAGGGGAAAGACAAAAAGAAAGAGAAACAAGCUGAAGCUUCUUCUGUGAGAGGAUCAGCAGUUACCUUACCAGCAAAUGUGGAAGGAUGGGCUCAUUAUGACUGUCCCAGUGAAAUUAGAGAGGCUUUUAAACAGCAAACAAAUAUCCAUGGCAUUAACUGGGAUAAUUUCCCAAAACCUACUUACACUUUGUAUUUUAUGGAUCUUCUGUCUAAAGAACUGCAGAAAAUUUUUUGCCCCCACUUGAUUCUUCCCAUCUUUCAGCUAGCUGAAGUUAUUGCUAAUGGAGUUGUGGAAUGUAGAAGUCUGUCUAAUCUCUAUCACCUUCGGAUUGCCCUGAUAUGUUCAGACCUAAAACUGACUCGGGCAUCUCUGUACCACGAGAAAGCUGCUGGAGAAGCACACAUCAGCAAAUUAGAACAAGCAAUGUGUAGGCAAGCAAUUGCACUGAAAAAAGAGAAGACUGUACAUACUAAGACAGAAGAAAGAAAACCAUUUUUUGAAAAUGCACAGCCGAAUGGCGGUAGGGAGGAGAAUGUCCUUACUUCAACUGAAAAGGUUUUUGAGUUAAACGCAGAAACAGGAAAAGGUUUGAGUGCCCUUUCUUUCCCUCACUUGUGGAUAGAAAAAGCUGAAGUACUAAUUCAGUUGGGCUUGUAUCAGCCAGCAAGACUUCUGCUUUCAGAGGCCCAUGCUGCAACUCAGGAGCUGGGGUCCCUUUAUGAUGUCUCCAGGUGCUUGUACUUACUUGCUGUACUGGCUAACCUGGAGAGAAACCAUGGUCAAGCCAAAGUGCUCCUAGAGAAAGCACAACUUCUAGGAGGAAAUGAACAAUUUUGGUACAACAGUACUCUUGCUCUAACAGAAGCAAUUCUAGAAGAAGAGGGGAAAGGAAAACAGAGCAUGGCUUGUGAGGUAGUAGAGCACACUGUGAACGUGCUCAGAUCUGCUUUACUGAAGAGACCUAACAGACAAUCAGAGUUGGAUUUUAUAAUUUCAUCCCUUGAAGCCAGGAAAACACUUAUUCAGAUACAUUCUGUGCAAGAUUGUAUGGCAAUUAAUGCUGGGCCUUGUCAAGUGCCACAUACGCUACAGGAAUCUUGCAAUAAAUUAGCUCAAAGUGAGAAGGACUUAUUUCAUUAUGGGCAUAAAAACAGCAGCGCUGAGAUACUGCUGGAAUAUGCAAAUCUUCAGAGGAUGAUUGCCAAGCAGGAAAGAAAUGAAGAAGAAAAACAUAAUCACUACCUAGAGGCUUAUAACUUGGCUCAGAGGGCAGUAUCCAAAUCAGAGGAGGUGUUUCAUACUGUAUGUAGCUUGUUUGCGGUUAAUGAGACUACAAAUAUUAGUAUUCCAAUAAUGAGGCAAUUAGCUAACAGGAAAAUAAAUCUUGUAGAAAUUCUUUUGGAUAUAUUUCAUCUUGUUAUUACUGAGAAAAAGUUUAAAAAAGUGAGAGAAGCAUCACCUCAUGAAAUUGUGGAGACAUUAAUCAGGAGAAUGAUGGAAGAUGAUGCAACAGAACAGGCUUGGAGGUGCAUGGAACGCACUGUGGGUCACGUCACCCUGGCUCAGUUAGCAAACCUACAGAGUCUUUGUCAGGGCUGUCCUGACAUAAAAUCCAAAUGCCUGCAUCUCGCUGGAAAAACUCUUCGUUUACUUGCCAUUAACGCAGAUCCUGUACAUUCAGACGUUUACUGGAAGCCAGAUGGUUCGGAAGAACCUAAAUCAGACAUUGCAGAAAGUUCCCUGACUUCAGCAGAAUGCAGUGAACAGGAAGUAACAGACAGCUGUUUGCCAGCUGAUGAAUGUCAGUAUGAGAAGAAUAGGAAGAAAAUACAGGAAUUAAAGAAGGAACAUAGGUUGGCUCAGAAAUACCUUUCUCAAUCCAGUGAAGCUCUCCUGCAGUGUGUGGGCCUGGCUUUCACUCACAGCAUGACUGAGGUGCUGGCGUCUGCGAGCUUGGAAAUGGUUGAAUGCUUCCAGCAGUUUGACCCAGGUUCAACAAGCCAGUUUUUGGCUCUUCAUCAGAGCUGUUCAGCAUCUCUGAUGAUGAAGAGUGUCCUUCUAACAGCUACAUCUGACACCAGCAGCUCUCAGCUGGCAGCAUUACUGCAUCUUCAGAAUCAUUUAAAACAGAACAGAAGCACAAGUGAUCUUCUAAAAAAUGUGGAACAGCAACUGGCUGCUACUUCAAUGGCGUGGAGAAAUCUCUGUAUUCCUGUUGAACAUUUUAAUAUAAUAGAUGACUUGUCAUCCAAUUUCUACAUAAUUAUUCUCCAGCAUUCAGAAGACAGAUCAAAUUUGUACAGUUCAUUGAUUAAGAAGCCAAAAGUAAAUACUCCACAGCAAAAAGGAAAACCCACUCAGCCAGUGGUGCAAGCUCAAGUUUCUCGAUUUCCUGUGAAUCCUGAUACGUUUGGUGUUUUGCUGGAAAAAGUGCAUCUUUACAAGCAGCAAAAGAUGAAGAGUCACCUUAAGCAGACUGUCAGUCAAAACUUGCAAGAGUGUGUCUCCGAAACAGAUGUGACUCCAACAGAGAGAAUCGAUGAUGAUGGACAUGGUUUGACAUCGGAUUUCUCUGAAAUACUAGAGAUUAUGGAAGAAUAUCUGAAACCAGUGCUGUCCCAGUUUGAUUUUUCUGAUACCAGAAAACCAAGCAUAACAGUUUCAGCACCUGAAAAUAAAAUAAAAGAAGGGAAAAAAAAGGUGAAACAGAAGGACACCAAACACACUGAAAUGCAGGGUACACCUGUGGAUUUAGGAUUGUGUGUGGUGUUACUGGGAGAUGCAUUAGUUAUGGAAUUGCCUUUGGAAGCUCUGAGUGUCUUUAAAGAGGAAGGAGUGAGUUCUGUAUCCAGAGAUUUUUCUCUCCAGAUUCUUUACAAUCGAAUACAUCUGGCUGAAUCAGAGACUGAAGUUAAAACACAUGUUGAAAAACGUAAAGAAACAAAAUCAAAAGCUCAUCAGAAAAAGAACGUCAAAACGGCACCAGUUAAUUCUGUUCUAUCCUCUAAUUGCUUGCCUGUUGAUACUCGUAAUUUUAAAUACAUUGUGGAUCCCUAUGAUGAAGGAAGAGAUGCAGAAGCUUUCAGUCCUUCUCAAAAAAUAAAGGAAAUCCUAGAAAAAUUCCAUGACCCAUUUACAGUACACUGGGAAGGAGUUAUUGGCAACAUACGGGUUCCAAGUCAAGCUGAGUGGGAGCAGCUGCUGACAAACUGCAAUGCAUUUCUAUUCUAUGGGAUGGAGACACUCAUGUCCCAUGUUCUACCCAGCAGACUGGCUGCUAUGAACAUCCCAGGAUGCCAUUUGGUGAUGCUUCUAGAUCUGGUGCGAUCAAAGCAAAGUUAUCAAAGAAUUAGAAACUCCAGUAUCCACAAAAGCUGUCUACAUACUGCUAUAGAGGGACCAACAGAGACAGCAAUGCUCCUGAGCCUUGCUGGUGUCCGUUCCGUGGUGGCCAACCAGUGGUUCACCUCCGCGCAGGAGAACGCAGAGAGGCUCGAGGUUGUGUUCCAGAAUUUCUUGAGCUUGGGUAGAACAAUUGGGCAGACAGUCCAUGUUCUUCAGAAGGGAAAGAUUGUCAAGGAAAGAGAUUCCAUUAAAAUGGCUGCAGGUGUUCCCGGGUCCCCCGGGGACACAGCAGAAGAUCAGGCCCCUCCUCGUCCUGCCGCUCUCCCGCCGCGGUCCAACUGUGUCCUCUACGGUUUGCCCAACCUCACCAGGGCGUAG